ACUUUAACUUUACUAAUGAUAAGAACCGGUGAAGAUAAACAUAUGUUACAUCCUUUGUGUCAACGAGAUGGAAGGAGAAUAGAUAUGCCCGUUGUCCAAUAUAAGUUUUAUGUAUUACUUUAUAACUGCUAAGUAUUUUCUCCUAUCAAAAUGACCUCACCGGAAUGUUUGCUCUGUUACGGUGUAUUAUUAGCUAUAUUCGUUCUAAUUUUGCUCUGUGUAACAAUAUUUAUAACGAGCGAACGAUAUCCUAUAAUAUGGAGACAUGAGAAUGAGAAGCUUUUCUUUAAUGCUCAAACAAAAGCAAAGGAGGCGUUCCCUUCACUGUAUGAUGCCUGGUGUGUAAACCUCAGCGUCAUAGUGCCUGCUUAUAAUGAAGAGAAAAGAUUACCGCCAAUGUUGGAUGAAUGUCUUGAGUAUCUAGAAAACCGUGCAAAGUCUAUUGGAUUUACUUAUGAGGUGAUAGUAGUCAGUGAUGGAAGCACAGAUGGAACUGCAGAUAUCGCACAGCAUUAUGCGUCAAAAUACAACACCUUGAGGAUACUGAAUCUUGUCAAGAACAGAGGCAAAGGUGGUGCUGUAAGACUGGGCAUGCUGAGUGCAAGAGGCAGCGCUUUGCUAUUUGCAGAUGCAGAUGGUGCCACUAAAUUUGAAGAUCUAGUAAAGUUAGAUGAGAGCUUAACAGAUGUUUUAGGAUUCAACUAUAUGAAAAACCCAGAAGAAACAGCACUAUCUGAUGCAGUAAUAUGUGGAUCAAGAGCGCAUUUAGAGAAAGAAGAGACUGCAAAACGUUCAUACUUUCGAUUGUUCCUUAUGCAUGGAUUUCACUUUUUAGUUUGGCUUUUGUGCGUAAGAGGAGUUAGGGAUACUCAAUGUGGAUUUAAGCUUCUGACAAGAAAAUCUGCUAGAACAGUGUUUGGAGCGUUACAUGUUGAACGUUGGGCUUUCGACGUGGAGAUGCUCUACAUCGCGCAAAGUCUCAACAUUCCUAUAACUGAAAUAGCAGUGAACUGGACGGAAAUCGAUGGCUCCAAGAUAAUACCGUUUUGGAGCUGGUUGCAGAUGGGCAAAGACUUGCUCUUCAUCUGGCUCAGAUAUAGAAUUGGAGCAUGGAAGAUAAACGAGACCAAAACAGCUUAAUACAACUAAUCAAUAAAAAGUCUGCCGAUCACCCAGAUCAAUCCCAACUCAUUUUUUUGUAAAAAUAUUUUUCCAAUAAACUCUUAGUCAUGGAAUUCUA